UUCAUUUAAAAUUUAUACACANAUUAUUACCAAAAAAAAUAUUACACAAAGUAGCUGUUUCAAAUGUUGGAAUAUGUUUAGUUAUUUAUUAACUCUACAAAUGGUAUUUAGCAACUUCAUUUGCUGAAGUAAUGGCUUUAUAUAUUGGUCCCUAUUUGGUAGUCAAUAUGUGGUUGACCAUCAUCACUUCCUUGUAACAUAAUGAUUUAAAUAUUCCUCAUUAUGAUGAAUCUGCCUGGACAUGGUUAAAAGGUAUAUUGUUGAAAUUAUUUUAGGAAAUUUAUGUACUAUUGAUAGAAAUUACCCUUUAUGGAUUAAUGCUUUACAUUUUGAAACUGGUACUACUCAUGUUCUACAUCAUCUCUUUUCUGAAUUACCUCAUUACAAUGCAAGAGUAUAUUAUCAUAUUAUCAUUUACAGGAAGCUAAUAUCUAUCUAAAAUAAAUAUUGGGUGAUUUGUACUACCAAGAUACCAAAAACUUUUGGAUUUCCCUCUAUUAGACUGCCAGUCUUGUUGGAGUAGAACAUAAAGGAAACGGAGUUUGGAAAUUCGUUAAAACUUGA